AUGUGCCCCGCGCCCCUCCCCGGCCCUGGACGCCGCUUCCCCUCCGCUCGCGCCGCACCCGCCGCCGCCGCCGCCGCCGCCGGGGUCCAUGGCCGGGACGCGCUGGGUGCUCGGGGCGCUGCUCCGGGGCUGCGGCUGCGACUGCAGCAGCUGCCAGCGCGCCGGCGCCGCCUGCCUGCCCUUCUACUCGGCCGCCGGCUCCCUCCCGUCCGGCGUCUCGGGCCGGCGCCGCCUGCUGCUGCUGCUCGGGGCCGCCGGGGCCGCCGCCGCCGCCUCGCAGACGCGCGGCUUCCGGGCCGGGCCCGCCGGGAGGCUGGCGGGGCUUCCCCCCGCGCCCCCCGCCUCCUACGCGGCCCUGCGCGCCUCGCUGCUGCCGCCGCAGUCGCUGGCGGCGGCCGCCGCGGGCCCGGCGCGGGGCUACAGCCAGGAGUCUAAAGCUACCUACCUGGAAGACCUUCCACCUUCCGCUGAGUAUGAAUUGCCUCCAUCCAAGUUAGAAGAGGAAGUGGAUGAUGUUUAUCUGAUCCGAGCUCAAGGAUUGCCUUGGUCAUGCACUGUCGAAGAUGUGCUUAGCUUUUUUUCAGACUGCAGAAUCCGUAAUGGUGAGAACGGAAUACACUUCCUGUUAAACAGAGAUGGCAAACGAAGAGGUGACGCCUUAAUUGAGAUGGAGUCGGAGCAGGACGUGCAUAAAGCCUUAGAGAAGCACCGCCUGUACAUGGGGCAGCGGUAUGUGGAAGUCUAUGAGAUAAACAACGAAGAUGUGGAUGCCUUAAUGAAGAGCCUGCAGAUUAAAUCUUCCCCCGUGGUCAAUGACGGUGUGGUUCGCUUGAGAGGACUUCCUUAUAGUUGCAACGAGAAAGACAUCAUAGACUUCUUUGCAGGAUUGAAUAUAGUAGACAUUACUUUUGUGAUGGACUUUAGAGGGAGAAGAAAGACAGGAGAAGCCUACGUGCAGUUUGAAGAACCAGAAAUGGCCAGCCAAGCCCUAUUGAAACACAGGGAAGAAAUUGGUAACCGAUAUAUAGAGAUAUUUCCAAGCAGAAGGAAUGAAGUUCGAACACAUGUUGGUUCUAAUAAGGUAAAGAAAAUGGCAUCUCCUGCUAAGUAUGUAACUGAGCCAGACGUGGUCUUUGAAGAACAGGAAGUAAAUGAAGACAUUCGACCUAUGACAGCUUAUGAAAGUGAGAAAGAAAUUGAAUUGCCUAAGGAGAUGCCAGAAAAGCUUCCGGAGCCUGGUGAUUUUGGAACUACAUCUUCGCUACAUUUUGUUCAUAUGAGAGGAUUGCCUUUCCAAGCCAAUGCCCAAGACAUCAUAAACUUUUUUGCUCCACUGAAGCCUGCUAGAAUCACCAUGGAAUACAGUUCCAGUGGGAAGGCCACGGGAGAAGCUGAUGUGCACUUCGAUACCCAUGAGGAUGCUGUUGCAGCUAUGCUCAAGGAUCGGUCCCAUGUUCAGCAUAGGUAUAUUGAAUUGUUCCUGAAUUCAUGUCCAAAGGGAAAAUAAGACUUCCAGGGACUCCAGAUAAUAAGAAUGAAGCAAGAAGCAUUUCAUUUGCACAUCUUUCUUGGAUAUGGGAUAUACAGUUCCAGUGUUUUAGCAGCAAUUGUUAGAGAAAGGAUAUGGGGUUGUGGAUUAAUUGUUUAAGAAAAAUUCCAUAGUGGACUGUUUAGAAAGAAAAAGGAAAGAUUCAGUUUGGAAUUAAAUAAAACACAAGUUUAAACUUUGUUUAAAUUGUCCAUGAUAGGAUCUGAUAUAUAAAUCUGGAUUUUAUUUUAUGAUUCAAUAAUUUGUUUUCAUAGAGAUUAUGUUAUCCAAUAUAAAGACUGCAUAUUUUUAUUCAGCACUGUCCUUUAAAAUAUUCCUCACAUUUUAAAAAUGAUUUUUUUGAAAGCUCUGAUAUAAACUUUCUAUGGAUUAAAAUACUGAUUUAUUUUAACCAAAUACUCACCAAAGCAAAGAAAGGUUUCAGACCUUUGAAUCAUUAUGGUUUGGUAGAGUAGUUAUAAUUUUAGGUGUAUUGAUGACUUACGGGGUAGGAAUGUUUAAAAAAAAAUUUUUUUUUGAGAUAAAAAAAUAAUUACCAUUGGUUAGUAUAAUGGACGGCUGUUUGGCAGUGUCACAUCUUUAGAAAUGUUUGGCCUUUCUAAGCUUGUGCUACUGGCGUUUAACAUAGUGCCUGUGUGCUUUAGGAGGGAAGUUUAGUCUCAAAUGUCUGAACACAUCCCCGUUCCCUGACCCCCUUUUUUUGUUUUGGGUAAACAUUAGGGGUGUUAGUCUCAAAACUGUGAAGUGACAUCUCAAAACAGUCCUUAAGGACCUAAUGGCUUCCCUCGAAUUUAAACCAGCUCUAGAUAGGAAAAACCUAAGUCCCUUCAUUUGCUUUUUCAGUGGGUAGCUCAUCCCAUAUUUAGAACAAGUAGGGGUGCCUUGCUUAAAUAAAAAUAGCAUUUAAUGUAUAAUUGUGUGAAGGGUUUAUGGAUAAAGCUGUACUCCUGUCACAUUGUGGCAGUACAUUCUGCUUUCAUACUAAAUAGCUUGUUAUUUAAAUAUUGGAUCAAAAUGGCUGGUUUGAAAAUGUAGUCAUUAAUAAACUAAUUUUAUGUGCACCUGUGUAGGAGAAUCAAAGUCCUGUAUACUUUCUUUGCCUUGUUCCUGAUCUCAGGGUCACUACUGCUAUGUAGUUACCAACAGAUGCAAUUCUAGAUCUUAAAAUCAAAUUAGUCCAGAUUUCUGAGAGGUGAUAUUUGGAAGAGAGAUUAUGUCUUCUCUCACUCAGUACAUAACCAUCUUUGAUUACCAGCUAAGAUACAAAAUCACUGUACUGUAAAUAGUUAAUAAAUGAAAGCUUGGUUCAGGCAGAUUACCUAAGAGUAUUUAUUUUGGAGUGUGGAUAAACCAAAUAUAUUUUUAUUACAUCGAGUUCCUGGUAUAUUAUUACAAGGAGACAUGAUUAACUUUCAGUUGUGUUUGUCAUCCAAUAAGAACAUGACUGACCAGUUUAACAGCUUCCGCAUUACUACUUAAUGGAAAUACGUUUUCAUAUAUGUGUACUGAGCUGUGCAAACUGGUGUCUAGCUGUAUGAUCUGCUAGAAUGUGAUCUUUCUCCCUUUAGCAGUAGGCAUCCAAUUUGCUGUGAAAAAAAUCUGUAGGGUCUUCUGGGGAUGAGGUUGGUGAAGAAUUAAUUCAUUUGCAAAUACUUUAUUUUGGAGCUAAUAAAUUGCACUUGCAUAUCUGGGAAAGAAUGAGAGCAAAAGCCUUAAAGUGUUGUGUGGUGUGGGUAUCUUACUGUCACACUAUUGGCUGAGCUCUCAGUAAAAAGGUGGCCAUUCUUGGGAAGUCUUACGAAUUCAUGUAUUUUUCCUAGCAUCCCUUUAGCAAGUUAUUGCUCAUAAUUUAGGCUACUAAAUGAAUGCUUGCUGAGAAGGCAGGUGUAAAAAGGCAUGUGUAAAAAAACACAUGAUAGAAUAAAAGUGAUCUUUUAUUUCUAUCCAAUCAAAAGAUAUAUUUCUCUUUCCCAAAAUUUGACAAAACUGCGUUAUCAUCAGAUGUUAUUGAAAUAUUGACAGAGGUUUUCUAUUUAUGUCUUUAUAAUCUUUAUGGGAAAACUAUCAAAAUUGCCAGAUUGGAUAUGGCCAGGUUACCCAUAUUCUGCUUUAUAUUAGAUAGUUAGCUACUACUUCUCAAGGAGCUGUAAGAGAGGACUCUGAUAAGGAAGCUCAUCAAAGUGUAGGUUUAUGUGUAGAUCCCAAGGGGGAAAUUGCUAGAUUGUGAUCUGAUCUGAGAUACUGAUGCCAGAGAAUGAAGCAGAACCCAGAGUAUUGUCCCCUCUGCCUGGGCGAGGGUGGCUUCUGCCAGGUGGGGAGGAGGCAGGCAGCUAUGGAACGGAAGUCUCUGAAGCCUGGAUUUACCUGCAGAGUGGGGAGGAAGCAGCAGGAGAAAGCACUUCCAUCUACAUGACAUUUUGAGGCAAGGCCCCUGCUUGUUAGUCAAAUGCCCUAUUGGCAUUCUCUGCCUAAACCGUCCCUCAGCAAAUUGUCAUUUGGGGAUUUUUCUCAGGGUUACAUCCUAUUCAUUUUACAAUUUAAAACAUUCUUUUGUUUUCAUAGUUUCCCCUAAAUCUAUAGGUAUAAUAUAAAAGGGUUUAUAUUCAAUUGGUAGGACACAUAUAGAGCAGAAUGGUAUUUCAGCAGUAGAGGCAGGCCUAAGUUCCACUGUCUUUC